CUGGAUCAAGAAGAAGUAGUUUUAGUUGGGGGUACGGAAGGUAGUAGAUUUAUUGUAGUAUACUGUAAUUAAGUGCGAGUUCUAGCAUUAAUUAUGAGUAACCCAAGAGUAUUUCUUGAUAUAACUAUCGCUGAUAAGCCCGCUGGUCGGCUCGUCUUAGAGUUGAGAGGGGAUGUUGUUCCCAAGACAGCAGAAAACUUCCGGGCUUUGUGUACUGGUGAUAAAGGAUUUGGGUUCAGGGGUUCUGCCUUCCACAGAAUAAUUCCUGGCUUCAUGUGUCAGGGAGGAGAUUUCACUAAUGGUGAUGGCACUGGUGGAAAGUCAAUCUAUGGUCACAAAUUCAAUGAUGAAAAUUUUAGUCUUAAGCACAGUGGUAGAGGAUGCCUGUCCAUGGCAAAUGCUGGGCCCAACACAAAUGGGUCUCAAUUUUUCAUCUGCACUGGACAAACUCAGUGGCUUGACGGAAAGCAUGUAGUCUUUGGAAGAGUCAUAGAAGGCAUGGAUGUGCUAAAUGAAAUGGAAAAAACUGGAACACAGAAUGGAAAACCAAAAGCAAAAGUUGUCAUUGCAGACUGUGGUCAGCUUUGAGCCAUUCCUUUGUUAGCAACAAACUUGUGUUUUGUCAGUUGUGCUGCUCCUGAUGUCCGUGGGCUUCACUUAAGUGUUGCUACAAUAAAGUUUAUAUGAAAACCA